AAAAAAUAUGUUACAAAGCAUUUCUUUCAUUUCAAGAUAAGAAGAUACAAAACAAGAUGUAAAGAAGACAUACAACUGGUUUUUAAGCAGAUGUGCAGUGAAGUUGUCCAUCUAUAACCCCGCGUAAGCAGUGAGAGAUGGAAGUGUAGGUGGCAGCAGCAGUAUGGGUCCCUACCAGUUGGAUUACUGGUCCACGGAGAACUCCAACCCCUGCAUUAAUGUGGACUGCCUGCUGCCCACUGGGCUCCUAGUGCCCCUCCUGGUCUACAAAGAUGCCACGUUGGAGCAGAUUAAACAGGAAUUAUGGAAGGAAGCACAGAAGCUCCCCCUGUAUGGGAAGCUAGAGGGCAUCAAUGAGUAUCUCUUCAUGUGUAUUAACCAGACGGCGGAACAGCUGAUGAAAUUCCACACCAGGGUAAGUGAGACUCAGAACAGCAUUCAGCAGGCUGAUCAUUUUUACACCUUGUAA